AGACGAGCCCCUCGCUGGGCUGCAGAGCAGAGCAUCGCACGAAGGCGCGAAGGAAGGGAAGCAAGGCAGGGAAGGGACAUUGUGGGGGAAGGUGUGAGGGAGAUGAUGGUGUGAAAAAGCUCGGACGAUGAUCUUAGCGAAUUCGUUUGCCUCCACCUGAGGGAAGGUGGAAUUCGUGGAUCUGCCCCUCGAUCGAGUGCGAUGGCGAUGGCUGGCCGGAGAGGUGGGUGGCAGCAGUGGGUAAAGCAUGCGGCAAGGGCCGCGGAGGCGAAGUAUUCUGCUGCUGCUGUCCCCGGGCGAGGAGGCCUCGACUCUUUGGGAAGAUGUGUCGGGGAGAUCAGGCAGGGAUUAAUCCACCACGGAGGAGGAGGAGCAGACGGGUCGUUGAGAUCGCUGCAUUCUUGCUCAGGGAAUGCCACUGCUGCCGGACUGGCAGCGCAGUGGCGAUCCGCGCAAGUCGAUAAUUUGCUGAGGCGAGGAUCAGGUCUGGAGGCGAGGAAUUUUCUGCACAGUGGAUGCUCGCAGCUGGUGAAGAGUCAGGUCCAGCGAUCUCUUGCUUCGGGUUCCAAACAGGCUUUUCUCACGCCUAGGAGAAAUCUGAGCAGCUCGGAAACCCCAACUUGGGCGCAGAGAUGGAAGGAGACCACCCAGAAGUUCAAGGAUGCAGUGAAUUCCAAGCCCAGAAGCAACUCUGGCAGCGGGGCCAGUGUUGGAUUGAAGGCGGGCAGCGUUCCAGGCCGAGUAGGAGAGGUGCUGUCGGAAGCUUCCUCUCCACUGCGAAAGACCUUUUCGCACUACAGAGAAGCUGCCUUACUUCAACUCGAGGCUUUUUGGAAGAAUAAUUACAUGAUUCUUGUGGGAGUUGUUGGAGUGGGAGUCUGCCUGCUCCUGUGGCGUCUCAUGUUCGGAAUUGCCAGUACCUUCAUUUCCAUGUCCGAGGGCCUGGCCAAGUUCGGGUUUCUCGCCCUUGCUGCUUCUAUGGUGAUUGUGGGAGGUGUGUAUAUGAGAGCAAAAUUUACCAUCAAUCCCGAUUCAGUGUACAGGAUCGCCAUGCGCAAGCUCAACACUUCAGCAGCUGUUCUGGAGGUGAUGGGUGCUCCAUUGUCCGGCACAGACCUACGAGCGUACAUAAUGUCAGGGGGAGGUUUGCGAUUUAAGGGCCUUAGGCCACGAAUCGCUGGCAAGCGAUGCUUCGUCCUGUUUCCCAUUCGUGGAUCAGAGAGGAGAGGUCUAGUGAGUGUCGAGGUGAAGAAGAAGAAAGGAAAGUACGACUUCAAGCUGUUAGCAGUUGACGUACCAACGGCUGGAGCAGACCAGCGUUUGUUCUUGAUCGGUGAUGAAGACGAGUAUAAAGUUGGUGGCGGCCUUAUUUCUGAGUUGAGGGACCCGAUGGUAGUAGCUAUGGCAGCCCAGAAAGAAUUCGAAGAGCUUGACAUCAGAGAAGAAGAAGAAGACGAGCGGAAACAAGCUGAAGCUGAACAGAAGAAAUUACAGGCAGAGCUGGAGCAACUGGAGAAGGAAAGGGAAGAUGCCUACCGUGAAAUGGAAGAGCAGGAGGCUCGGACUAGAGAAGAAGAGGCCAAGGCCAAAGAAGAGGCCAAAACGGAGAGGAUUGCCGCCUAGACCCGUGACAGACAGAUAAUUACAGCAAGGUCCCUAAUCGGGAGAUAAGAUUUUGAAUAGUUAGCUGAAAAGGUUUUGAUGAGACCCCUGUUAACCGGGGGCAAAGUCCAUAAAAAUAAGGAACAUAGGAAUAUCCAUCCGAAAGCGCAGUGGUGUAAGUGAGAAUACUGUCAUAUUACAAGAGAGAAACAGGGAAUCAACAGUCACAUUCAAUAAAUCAGGAAUUUUUGGCCCUGUUGAGAAGCAAAAAUAUUGGCAGUGUGUUUGGUAGCUCUUGUUAUGAUGGAGUGGUUUGUGUCAAAGUAAUGAAUACGGAUAACCAUAUGUCAACACCCAACUUUCGCUGCCAAUAUGGAACGUAGAGCGUUUGACAAUCUUGCCAGAUAUACUCUACCUCACUAUCUUGCAGUAGAGAUGCGCCACUGCGAAUUGAAGGUAGUUCAGCCCAGCAGUCUUCCCUCAUGAAGUACUGGAUCGCACGUAGACGUUCAUACCAGUAUGUUUCAUCGCCUUACCCAAGCGAGG